UUCAAAUACUCUCUCUCUUUCAUCUGUCUCUUAAAAAAACUUCCGCUCUCUCUCUCUCUAAAAGCUUUGCGUGUUUGUUUGUUUUGCUAACCUGCGCACUCCGCCACUGUUUAACGUGCGCCGCCUGAGAUAUGUUGCCGGAGGGAACAGUUACAGCUUCAGUUAUCAGAAUCUCGAGGUAUAGGAAAGCUCAUUAGCUGACUAAUUUCAGUUAUUUUAAAGAAAUGGAUGGUCCAAAGCUAACCAGAAAUCAAUCAUCAUCGUCACUUGUGCGUUCAUUUCCAACCGUCCGAUCAUCCAUCCAAAGCUUGACGUCCAUAGCUGAGGAGGAGCUUAUGAAACCUCAACAAAAGAAAGAAGAAAUAAUAGUAGUAGAAGAGAGAAGGAAGCCGAACCGGUGUGGUUCAACACCGAGAAGAACCGGUUCGGCUCGGUUCAUGCCAGUUGUAACAAUGGUUUCACUUACCUUUUUUACUCUCUUCACUCUCUCCUUCUUUUUCUUCUUCUAUUUGAGAAGAGAAGAAGUGCCCACAUCAGAGAAUCUUUUAUUAGCUUUGAUUUUUAUUGCCAUAACCCUUUUUUUCGCUAGCAAAAACAAGAAUUUAAUCAAUCAAAAUUUGUCACUAAUGAAGCAAGUUUGGGAAGAUAAUUGUAAAAGACUCAAUCUUUUCCCUUCAUCGAGACCACCCAAAUCAAAGCCUGUAACUUGGUUUAUUGGUGAGUCAAAUACUGAUCAAAGCAACGACUUUAAUUACAAAAUUAAGAAAGAAAAGAAGAUUAUAAGAGAAGGAGUGGAGUUUUACAGCAAUGGGGAUUUUUACGAAGGUGAAUUUCAUAAAGGGAAAUGUAACGGGAGUGGGGUUUAUAAUUACUUUGUUAACGGGAGAUAUGAGGGUGAUUGGAUUGAUGGGAGGUACGAUGGUUACGGGAUUGAGAGCUGGGCGAGAGGGAGUAGAUAUAGAGGGCAAUAUAGACAAGGUCUAAGGCAUGGAUUUGGGGCUUAUAAGUUUUUUACAGGUGAUUCUUAUGCUGGUGAGUGGUGUAAUGGCCAGAGUCACGGUGUUGGUGUGCAAACUUGCUCUGAUGGUAGUUGUUAUGUUGGUGGAUUCAAGUGCGGUGUUAAGCAUGGCCUUGGUGUUUAUCAUUUCAGAAAUGGGGAUAGAUAUGCCGGUGAGUAUUUUGGAGACAAGAUCCACGGGUUCGGUGUCUAUCACUUUGCCAAUGGGCAUUGUUACGAAGGGUCGUGGCACGAAGGCAAGAAACAGGGUUAUGGCAUGUAUACUUUUAGAAAUAGUGAGGCGAAAUGCGGUGAAUGGGAUGGGGGUGUCCUUAAGACUCCACUGCCUUCGCUAACUGAUGCAGUCCUUCGAGCUGUUCAGGCUGCUAGAAGAACGGCGGAAAAUGCUGUCCGCCUUUACCGGGUGGAUGAUCAAGUGAACAAAGCAGUUCAGGGUGCGAAUAGGGCUGCUACUGCCGCGAGAGUUGCUGCUGUUAAAGCUGUUCAAAACAGAAUGGAUGGAAAAUUUUGUGAUACACAUAUUUAGUUUUUGCUUGAAAAUGUAAAUUCUUUUUACUAAUUUCACGUACUCGAUCCGAAGAUGUAGCCACCGCCCUGGCGACCAAAUUCCCGCCAGAGGUUGAGUGUUUGAGGCGUCUUUAAUUACCACACUGUAACUUGUAAAUAGAAGCUUGUACGUAUAUCAAUGGAAGAUGAAUCUCCAAAGAGGUUUUUGGUUUGA